CACGCAACAACCGCCAAGACAAAUUCCUUGUAUGUUUGACAUAUUUUGGCAAUAAAUGUUUCCUGAUUCCUGAUUUAUCUUCAUGUUAUGUCCCUACUUAAUUCUUCUACUUUACCUCUCUUUCAUUCCAGAGGUAAACUUUUUUACUUCCCUACAUUUGGUCUCUUUGACAGCAAUAGGCAUAAUCUACAGAUUCGUGUUUUACACACCGAACCAUAUAAACUGCAGCUCACACGUUAAUGCAUCAGUAUUGAUGUGAACAGAAAGGAGCCAAUCGCCAUUUGUUAAAAAUAUACGGUGUUUUAUUCAUGUUCAUGGAAAUAUUUAGAGUGGGAACGUAGGACCCGGGGGGGCUGGGGCAGGUAUUGCGGGAUCGGGGCAGAUGCGGAGAUGCGAGGUGUGGAAAUAAGCAGUCGUAGACAUGAACGGUGCCAUGCUGCCGUGUGUGCGUGUUAAAUAACACAACACAUGAUAGUGUCGCUCCCGGUGUCUAGUGUGUCACACCCCUCCUAAUGAGCAAGCACUGACAGUAUCAGGGCGUUGGCCGAACCUUGAUGGACCAUCACUGCUUCCUACCAAGUGCACCUGUGACUAACACUCCAAAGGGCAUCUUUUCCUGUCUGCGCGUCGAAGUUAAACACGUGCCUGUGACUCACAUAAGUUACAUACCGUUGACUAAUAGGUGGAGCUUGUUCGUUAUGAUGAAACGAAAGCUAAAAUUACAGAUUUAAAAGGCAGCUUCCUGAACUGAGUGAAGUGAGAGCUAGUCGGGACCGCACAGCUCACAGGGUGCGGCACUGUGAUGCUUGCUAACGGGGUUAGCUUCAUUAGCACGGCCCUUUUUGUAUUGUGGAUUUAUUCACGCCCAGUGGAUUGUCUUGAGGUCGUCGGUGUAACAACCUAAAUUGUAGCAGCAACCAUGGAAAGGCUGACUGGUGAUGAUGCUGGGGUUCAUUCGCCUGCAGCAGCAGCACAAAGGAAAGGAAGGGGAAUAGGUGGAGGAGCACCAGCAGGGAAAGGAAGGGGAUUAGGUGGAGGAACACCAGCAGGGAAAGGAAGGGGAAUAGGUGGAGGAACACUAGCAGGGAAAGGAAGGGGAAUAGGCGGAGGAACACCAGCAGGGAAAGGAAGGGGAAUAGGUGGAGGAACACCAGCAGGGAAAGGAAGGGGAAUAGGCGGAGGAACACCAGCAGGGAAAGGAAGGGGAAUAGGUGGAGGAACACCAGCAGGGAAAGGAAGGGGAAUAGGUGGAGGAACACCAGCAGGGAAAGGAAGGGGAAUAGGUGGAGGAACACCAUCAGGGAAAGGAAGGGGAAUAGGUGGAGGAACACCAACAGGAAAAGGAGGGGGAAUAGGAGGAGGAACACCAGCAGGGAAAGUAGGUGGAGGAACACCAGCAGGGAAAGGAAGGGGAGUAGGAGGAGCAGGACUAGCACCAGGGAAUGGAUGGGUACGAGGAGGAGCAGCAGCAGCAGCAGCAGCAGGCAAAGGAAGGGUGAUAAGAGGAGCAGCUGCUGCAGGAGCAGGAGGAGACGCGGGCAGAGUAGCGUCUAGGGGGAGCCCUAAAAUGGGUGUUGGGAGAGGAGAACACAGUUUGGAUGGAGGUGGGGACAGGAGAUCGAAUUCCGCAGGCAGAUUGAGGGCACCUCAUGGCCGUGGACUGGACUAUAAAAUCUUGCGCGAUCUCUCAGGAAACGAUCCGUACGUGGUGGCCAUCACGCUGUCCGCUCACCCGGCCCUGAAAGAGGUCGUGGGUGCAACGGAAAUGGGGAAGAACCAUAUCGAGGUCCUCUGCCUGGUGCUGAGUAAAGCCUUCACAUCGCAGGCAGGCAAGAGCACCCGGCAGCACCUGGCCGGCACCAUAAAAGAUUCCGGUUUCUUCCGCACCGUCCUGCCCCACUAUGUGGGGGGCAUGGGGUCAGAGUCCAACGUUGACCGCAUGGAAGACUACCCUCGGCACUUGGAAAACAUCUUGACUAUUCUGUCAGAGGUCCUCAACUUUUUCCCCGCCAGCUCGGCCCAGGCCCCGAGUAUGCUGCUGACUCUGCUCAAAGCCUCCAUCCACACCUUGAGGGUGUUGGGGGUGGACAUCCGGCCUCAAAUGGAGGAGAGGUUGGAGAAUAUCGACGGCCUGAUCAAGCAUCUCCAAGUGAAAUCCAGGGAGGGAACCCUUCGCUCCAACAAGGACACCUAUUCCCUUCUACCCACCGGAGGUGAAGAAACACAAGAGGAUUUCCGGACUAUACCCAUCUACCCAACACCGGAGGAGUUUCAGCAGGAGCAGAGGCCCUUCCUGAGACCUAACCUCACCUCUCGGUGCUACACCAGCACCCACCUCUACCUGGACACGCACUUCCGGCUGAUGAGAGAGGACUUUGUGCGGCCGCUCCGUGAGGGGAUCCAGCAACUGCUUCAGGACCAGAUGGAAAGGGGAGCGAGCGAAGGAGGACGUCAUGCUCAUCUGAGGGCCCAGCAGUUUGAUGACAUCAGGGUGUACUUUGACACCAAACUGGUGGUGCCCAAGUGCACGUUUUCCGGCAUGGCCUACAUAAUCAAAUUUGACGUUCAGCCAUUCAAGUCUGUGAUCUGGGAGAACUCCAAGAGGCUGAUCUAUGGCUCCCUGGUCUGCUUGUCGUGUGAUAAUUUUCAGAGCUUCUUGUAUGCCACAGUAUCUGAACGGGAACCCAAAAGCCUGAAGAAGGGACUAGUCACCGUUGCCUUCACCGAAGAGAGCAGAUGGAAGUUGGCCCGAAUUGAGAAUGAUCGGCCGUUCCUGAUGAUUGAGACCACGGCGUACUUUGAGGCUUAUCGCUACGUCCUGGAUGGUCUGAAGGAGCUGGAGGAGGACAACCUGCCCUUCCAGAGGUACAUCGUGGAGUGCAGCAAGGAUGUGCUAGCCCCAGCGUAUCUGCGAUGGAACGACUCUUACGACCUGAAGUCUGUUGCUGACCCCGAGCAUAAGUGCAACAUGAAGCCCUUUCACAGCCUGGCGGAGAACACCUGGCCAAGAAAGGAGGCGCUGGGGCUGGAUGAGUCUCAGAUGAGAGCCCUCCGUAUGGCCCUCACAAAGGAGCUGACCAUCAUACAGGGACCUCCUGGCACCGGAAAAACCUACGUUGGCCUUAAGAUUGCCCGCGCUUUGUUGACCAAUCAGGCUCUGUGGAGAGAGGGAGGAGACGGAGCUCCAAUGCUGGUAGUGUGUUACACUAACCAUGCCCUGGAUCAGUUCCUUGAAGGUAUUCACAAAUUUCUGCCAGAAGGAAUAGUGAGAGUAGGAGGGCGCAGCAACAGUGAGAUCCUGAAGCGUUUCAAUCUGAAGGAGCUGUCCCGCUCCCCUAAGUUCAAACAAGUGCUGCCGUCUUCGCUGAGUCGUGCUUACGGUCAGGUUUACAAGCAGGUGCGUGAGGCGGAGAGAGGGAUCCAGAAUGAGGUUACCAGGCUGGAGUGUUCUCUGAAAGGCAUCCUGCGGGAAGACGCCUUACAGAAAUUCAUCUCACACAGACACUGGAACAGUCUGCACCGAUCUAAAGGGGAAGGUUUAUGGGCGCGGGAUGUGAAGAGGAACUAUCCGAUCAUGGAGUGGUUGGGUUUGAAUACCACCAUCCUCCUGCAGAGGGAGACAGAGAAUGCAAAUGCACAUCCAGCUGCAGAGAAAUUGGAAUCGAGGGAGAAGCUCAUUGCCAUCCCACAAGAAGCCGAUCUGAUCAUGGAGGAGCGCUUUGUUGAGGACAGCGUUAGUGGCAGAGACGACAGAAGCAACGAGGACGAGGAGAAGGAUGUCAGAGCAGUGGAGGAGCGGAUGCUGGCUAUGAACCUGGACGCGCACGAAAUCCAGGCCGAGCAGAGCGACGAAGGAUGGGAGAUCCAACGGUUCGAGAAGAAAAGGUUGAAGGACCAAAUCAAGGCCGAGCUGAAGAAGACCUCAACCAUGACUGAGAUGGAGGAAAGGGCUGUCCUGGAUAUUUGGAGUCUCAGCACGCCAGAGAAAUGGAGACUCUAUCGCUCUUGGGUGGCUCGCUACAGUGAAGAGAUUCGUGCCGUGAUCCAUGGGUCCGAGGAGGAGUAUCAGAACGCAGUGGAAAGGUUGGCUGAUGUAAAGCGUCAUCAGAACAUCUUUCUGCUCAAGAGAGCCACGGUUAUCGGCAUGACGACGACGGGGGCAGCCAAGUUCCGGAGCGUUCUGCAGAGUGUCGGUCCGCGCAUCGUGAUCGUGGAGGAAGCUGCAGAGGUUCUGGAGGCUCACACCAUCACGACACUGAGCAAAGAAUGCCAGCACCUCAUCCUCAUCGGAGACCACCAGCAGCUGCGCCCCAGUGCCACGGUGUAUGAACUCGCUAGGAACUUUGACCUGGAGAUGUCCAUGUUUGAGCGUCUGGUGAAGAUGGAACUUCCUUACGUCAGACUCAACUAUCAGCAUCGUAUGAGGCCAGAAAUUGCCUGUCUUCUGACCCCGCACAUCUACGCUGAGCUGGAAAACCAUCCAUCGGUUUUUGACUAUGAAAACAUCAAGGGCCUUAAUACUAGUUUAUUCUUCGUGGAGCAUGAAAACCUAGAAGAAAACAUCAAAGAAGGGAAAAGCCAUCAGAACCAACAUGAAGCAAAGUUUGUAGUCUCCCUUUGUCGCUAUCUCAUCCUUCAGGGGUACAAACCAGAACAAAUUACCAUCCUCACAACCUACACCGGGCAGCUCUACUGCCUGGGCAACCUCAUGCCCGCCAGCAAGUUCGCCGGGGUCAAAGUUCACGUCGUGGACAAAUACCAGGGAGAAGAGAACGACAUUGUUUUGCUGUCUCUGGUCCGCAGCAACCGGCAGGGUAAAGCUGGCUUUUUAAGCAUCGCCAAUCGCGUCUGUGUCGCCUUGUCUCGGGCCAAGAAAGGCCUUUACUGUAUUGCCAACUGCGCCAUGCUGGGCCAGGUCAAACUCUGGGGGAACAUCUUCCAAACCCUGAGGGAAAAGGAUCAGAUUGGAAAUGCCCUGACGCUGUGCUGCCAGAACCACCCAGACCGGCGCGUGAAAGCGUCUUGCGCCGAGGACUUCGAGCUGGCGCCCGAGGGAGGCUGCACCAAGCGCUGCGAGUUCCGUUUGGAUUGUGGCCACGUCUGCUCGCGGUUGUGCCACCCCUGCGACCCCGAGCACAAGGAGUACCUCUGUCGCAAGAACUGCCAGAAGGUCUCGUGCGAUCUGGGACACCAGUGCCCGCUCCUGUGCUUCGAAGAGUGCCCGCAGUGCGCGGUGCAGGUUGAGAAGGUCGUACCGCGCUGCGGGCACACCCAGGUGGUCCCGUGCCACCAGGACCCGGAGACGUUCUUGUGCCAGGAGCCCUGCCAGCAGCUGCUUCAAUGCGGCCAUCCGUGCGCAGCGCUGUGUGGAGAGCCGUGCACCUCGCUGUGCCAGGUGAAGGUCGCCUUACGGCUGAAGUGCGGCCACGGCCAACGAGACGCGUGUUUCUACCAGACACACCCGUACGAGCCCAAAUGCAAGACUCCCUGCCAGAAGCAGCUGCAGUGCGGCCACGCCUGUGACGGAAGCUGCGGCCGGUGCUUCCAGGGCCGCUUCCAUUCCGCGUGCCGCCACCGCUGUGAGCGUCUCCUCAUCUGCUCUCACAAGUGCCCGGAGCCCUGCCCGAUGGCCUGCCCGCCCUGCCGGAAGCCGUGCGAGAACUGCUGCGUGCACAGCAAGUGCAUGAAUCCGUGCGGCCUGCCCUGCGCUCCGUGCGUGGAGCCCUGCGCUUGGCAGUGCCCUCACCAGCGCUGCAGCAAGCUCUGCCACGAGCCGUGCGACCGGCUGCCGUGCAACCAACCCUGUGCCAAGACCCUGCGCUGCGGCCACCCGUGCAUCGGCCUGUGCGGAGACAAGUGUCCGGGAAAAUGUCGCAUCUGUAACCGCGACGAGGUCACGGAGAUUUUCUUUGGCACCGAGGACGAGCCCGAGGCUCACUUCAUCCAGCUGGAGGACUGUGGCCACCUCAUCGAGUACACAGCCAUGGACCAAUACAUGGGGAUGGAUGCCGGCCAGCAGGCAAAGGAAGGAGAGGAGGUGGCCAUCAAACUGAAGGAAUGUCCCAAGUGUAAAGCUCCAAUCCGCAAGAAUCUCCGCUAUGGAACUCACAUCAACAGCUGCCUUGCUGAGAUUGAGACGGUAAAGGUAAAGAUAAGCGGACGUAAGGCAGAUAUCAAUAAGCAGAGGCGGGCCCUUCAAAGUCGGUGUGCGGAGAACCACCACCUCUUUGAAUUUCAGUGUCAAUUAGAUUCUAUGCACAUCACCGAAAGACUGGCAGAAAAGAAUCUCACAGCAAAGGACCUGUGGAUCCUGGAGAACAGGAUCGAGUUCCUCAUAAGCGUUGCAAAGCUGAAGAAGGUCCAAAGGGAAAAAUUGCCGGCAGUGCAGAGCCUCACGUUCGGAGAGCGUGUCGAGGAAUUCUCGGAAUGGCUGAAUCACCGGCGCCAAAGUUUCACAGAGCAGCAGGUCUUUGAUCUGCAGAGAGAGCUACAGAGAAUCACCUCGCUGGCCGAACUCAACCUCCGUUGCCAGGAGGCGGGCGUGAGAGGGCGACGUGACACAAUACAAUCCGAGGUCCAAGCAAUAACAGCGGUGUUGGAGAAGCGUGGCCAGUACACAGAGCAGGACGAAGAGCGCGUGAGAGGAGCCAUGGAGGCACUCGGCGAGAGGCUCCCGCGCAUGUCGGGUCUGGGCAUCGGCGAGGAGGAGAGGAAGAUGAUCGUCUCGGCUCUGAAGAUGCCGCCCGGCCACUGGUACAAAUGUCCCAACGGCCACGUUUACGUCAUCACCGAGUGCGGAGGCGCCGUGGAGAGUCGCAACUGCCCGGACUGCAAGGCCACCAUCGGCGGGGGCAAUCACAGUCUGGCGAGCGGCAACCAAGUCGCCUCGGAGAUGGACGGCGCGCAGCACCCUGCCUGGUCCGAGGCCAACAACCUCGCCAACUUUGGUCAGCUGCACCUCUGAGAGCAAUGAAAAUCCGAAAUGAGGCCUGUUGGUCGCUACAGCUAAAGAGGGAAUAGGUUCACAUUUUACUGUUGGGGAGGCAGUUGUUUUUCACUCUAGCUUUAAUUUUAAUUUUUUUAUUUAGUACUUUUCACAUUUCCUGCUUCGGGUUUCUCUUUUAAAAAAAAUCGCUAUGCAUUGCUGCAUUUAUUGAACGCUCCUUGUGUAAGGAACAGUUGUCUCGUUCAACAAUAGGUGGCAGUAAAACACUGUUAAAGAAGUGUGUCAGUUUUGAAGCUUGUGCAAAUGGAAUAAAACACGGUGAAUCCAUUUGUCCAUCUUAAUGUUACACACAUACAACAUCAUUUAUGAAAUACCAGCAGUACGGCUGUGCCUUCCAAUACCAUUUUACUGUGAAAAUGAGCGGGGUGGAAAAUGUAUGUUGGUGAUUUUUAUGAGGGCCUUCAAGUGGCAGACCGUCUUAAGAACAUGUAACCAACAUGUGUAUUCAUAGUGCAUUGUAUUGUGGUGUAUCUAUCAUGUGUGUUGUAGAAAAGCUCACGUAGGCAGGUGCACAUGAACGCAGCACGUGGGAAUAAUCAACGUCCCGUUUUCAGAGUUGCUGUUCUGUGGGAUUAAAAAUAAAGAGAAGCAAAUGCCCUUCACCAUUACAACAAACACGGCCCACUCUCUCCCUCACACGCGCGUAGUUGUACCAGCAUGAGAUUAUCACAUCCUCUAAGACGACAUCAUUGGCAUUGAAGCCAAAGAAAGAAUCCUGAAGAAUUCCUCUAAUGGAGCUCGCUGAGUUUCAUUUUGGGGCAUUUUUGGAGCUGCUUGCAUCCCUUUAUUACAUGAUGAAUGUGCCCCUGUCACAAAACCAGCUCCAAUGCACGCUGCUGUCUGCUGGAAGGAAAAACGCAAGGACCAGACAAGUACAAUUUAGCAACCUUUAAAAGGGUGCCACCCUUUCAGUAUUUAGAGGAUUCAAGCACCCGGCGGAGAGGGCUGGACUGAUGGAGGCAGGGCAGAUAAAUGGUAAUAUCCUACAGAGUGGACUGUUAUCAUGUCAUGUGGCUUCAUCUUACAGCCCCCCCACCACUCAUUGCACGCACGUUAUGUGGUUUCUUUUCCGUCUGUAGCACAUUGAAGGAUAAAACUCCUGCAACGGAGCGAGCCACAAGUUAUAAAACUACAACAAAGACGGCCGCUGAAGUGUCCCUCAGUGAUGAGGUUUGACACGCGCAGUGACACCGACCGUCAGACAGCCACAACGCGACAAAACCGAUCGUCUCGACAAGCCAAGUUUAAACGGUGUGCCAAUUAUAGAAUGAAGGAAUAAAAGAACAAUUCCACACUGCUAUCUGUACACCUUAGUAAUCACUAAACGUUUCAUUUAAUUAGAUAUUGCAUUUAAUCUUCUGACUGGAAUAGGCAGACAUCGCAGCAGAGGGACCUGACUGACGGAUCUGGAACCAAACUUAAACAUCGGCGAUCUACAUCUUAAUUAAAUGGUUGAACUUGAUCCAACUUCCCUUGCCAGGAUCCUCGCACCGAAGCCAUUCCACAGCUCCCCAUGAACCAUGCAGCUUGUCAUCGUGACGCUAAAACACUCAAAUAAAGUUCCAAGAUUCAAUGUGUCAUUGAGGAAGCCAUCGUUUGACCAUUUUAAUGUUGCACUUUGUGUUGAAAGGAAGAAGAAAACAAAACCGGACAGUAUUACUUUGUCCCUGAGAAAAAGCAACAAGGUCGAUAAUCACAGAAGGGAGUGCAGGUAUUAUGUUGGCUGCGAGGGUAAUGGGGUCGCAUUAUCAGAAAAUUGCUUAUUAGCGUUCCCUUGGUGGCUUUUCAUCCGCAAAGGUGUCCUCGUGUUACGGGAUGCUCCCCCGGACAGAGCGCUUGUGCCUGAGAUGGAACACGUAGCCGCCCCGCUCUCUCAGCACAAGUUACAAAAGUUACUUAAAUAUUUCUGCUGUCACGUGCGACCUCUAAGAGGUUGUUUACAUAAAUGUGCUCCAGAUAAGUUUCUUUUUUUUCCCUUUGAUUCCAACACAUGCCGGUAUCCAUAGCGAUAGCACGCUCGGUCCCAGCAUAUGAAUUCUGUGCAAUGCCAUUUGUGAUGGUCUCACAGUGUCUGGUCUGCAGAGAAUGUCUUCAUCCACAGCUGACUUGAAUGUGAACAAACAAAUGCUCUCAUUGAGCUCUUCAAAACCGCAACAAUGCUGAAUAGAAUGUGAGCUUUUCUUCACUGGAUGGAUCCUCGCUGCUUCUUUGUUAUCAUCCUCGAGGUUAAACUCUGGAACAGAGAAUGCAAUUCCAUUUUUUUUUAAGCAUAUGUAUUGGAGUAUAACAGACUUCUAUCAGUCUUUACUGUCUGAGGAUUUAAAAUAAACUCUUAACCUUAUUUUGGAUUAAUGUCAAAUCUACAGUAUUGCUGAUAAUGGUUUGGGAUUUAUGUUUAUUUGAGAUGCGUUUUUUUGUUUUUCGGCACAUCCAAAGCUUUUUCCGGCUUAAUGUGCGAUGGAGCUGAAGCUUUUUGAAGCCUUCUUAUUUUUUUGCAGGCAUUUCAUUUUAACUCCUAGUGCUGAUGUUGUAGUUGUAAAGGCGCAUACUCAUCCCAAAGAUACUGACUGUGACCACCACACAGCCCUAAUGUUAAAUGGAAUUAAUCAAUAUGAUAUAGAUGGUUCUCAGUGCAAUGUUGUCUCCUUUCCUCCAAACAGGUGCAUAUUUGUCAAUGACCAUCUCGAUGUGAAUAGACUAUACUUGUAUUUUGUUAAACCACACAGAAAAAGUUUUAAACGCUCUCCAAUUGUUGAAUACAUCAUCCAACCU